AUUUAUCGUAGUGUCCGACAGAGAGGAGCGCGAGCGAGUGUGAGACAGAGAGAGGUCAGUCAAUUUGACUUUUAAACUUGAAACUUGCUGCUGCUUAACAUCGUCUCUUAAAGAAUGUGGCUUUAAAACAUUAGAUAACUCUAAUUAAAAUGGGAAAUCAACACGGACACGGCUCGAAAUCCGGAACGGCUACACCGAAUUCAAUUGCCAGUUCCCACAAUGGUUCAAGGAAAAGCAUCACAAGGACCAGUUCCGGGGGAGAUAUCCAGGAGAACACCAGCCAACUGUUACCUGUUGAAAAAUUGGCAAAGAUUCUAACCGAAAAAUCUCAGAAAUUAGAGGGUAUCCAUGGGAUUUCGAAGAAUGUAUUCGGUAGAUUCCUCUUUCCCCGAUACCAAGUAUUGGGCGAGAAGCUCUUCGACCAUUUCCUCAAACUCAGCAAAUCCAAAAACCAAUACAUCGGCUUGAACGCCUUUAAACAGCAAUGCGAAAUAUAUUUAAGCAUAUUAGACGACGAAGCGAUCAGAGACACGCUGGUGAAAAUGUGGGCUUCCCCCAACGACGAAACCGGCUCCGAAACGAUCACCCCCGAAGAUAUGACAUCGUUGCUCAUGUGCACCUAUCACAUUAGCAUGGAUCAUUACUCGGAAGGGCCCCAAAUGUGCCUGUCGUGCAACAAGACCCUCAAGGCGGUCGUCGACAGUUGUUUUCACUCGAAGAAAAGUCUAUCGGUACAAUACGUUUGCCAUUGGAUCGAGACCAACAUACCGAGAUUGUUGUUUCCCCUUCACCGAUACGCCGUACACUCUUUGGCUACGUCUUGGAGGACUUUGGAGCAAUGCGAACCGAAUUUGGCCAGCGGUGAAUCUUGCGAUAUUGCUCGAUAUGCAGGAUUGGAACUAGCCACGCCCGUACUGGAAGAAUCCAAUCCGUUUCCGCAGGUGAAACCCCAUCCUCACAUGCUCACCAUGAGCAUGUCCUGGCUGUUGGCCGGCGCCCUUCCCGCCUUCUAUUCCAGACCGCAAAAGGCCCAUUCGCCGAGCAGCAGCGGAACCGGUCUGGCGAGCGCUUCGUUUCUGGCGAAGUUGGUGUGUGCAAUUCCUUCGCAUUGGUGCAUCCUCUACGAUUCGGACGAAAUGGGCUUGGGUUCGAAUCGAUUCGUGCACCACGUGAUGAACUACAAGGGCCCCACGUUGAUCGUGCUCCGCGUGCAAGACGGCCAAAAGUUUUGCAUAGCCUCGUGCAACGAAUGGCGGGAAUCUCAUCAUUAUUGGGGCGGCGACGAAUGCGCCGUCUUUCAGCUACUGCCAAAGUUUCAGUUGCUGGAAAAAGGACCGAAAAUGUUGUAUUUAAAUUUUAGCGUUAGAGGAUAUCCUCACGGGCUUAGAGUUGGUAAAGAUCCGCGCGCUCCUAUAAUUAGUAUCGAUGGAGGUUUCGAGAAGAUCGAAUGGCAGAAGAUUCCCUAUUUUUUGGAGAGCGUCGAAGUGUGGGGUUGCGGUGAUCAGGUGAGCAGAGAGCGACAGCUCGAAGUGAAGAAAUGGGAAGUGAAAGAGGCCGAAAAACAACGGGUUGUGAAAUUGAGCGCCGACGAUUGGCUGGAUCAUCCGGAUCGUUAUUUAUUGCAAUUGGCCGGUCGGCCGGAAUAUCAUCAAAAUCAGGUGUAAAAUUAUUCGAUGUAUCGAUUUUAUUGGUUAGUCACGAAAGAAUCGGCGUUUAAUUGUUAGGAUAAUUAAUUCGUAUGUGAUGAAUUUCACGCGUACCUACAGGAAGUCGAUGAGUGUGAAUAAUUCGAGUCUAUUGGCUUAAAGUUUACAAUGAACGCCUUGAAUUUCCUGUAUUUGUUUUUUGGAAUUUUAUUUAUUUUUGUAGUACUUACAAUGAAAUACUUAAAAGAAAGUUUAUUUAAAUAUUUAACGAAAUUGCUAGACUGUUAUUAUUAUGCCAUAUAAAAAGUGAAUGAGUUUUCUUAACGCUUUAUCUGUUUAUCGAUUGAUUUAUGGGCGAUUAUUGCAUUAAUAAUAAAUUGGAGAAUAAUUUCGCGUAAACGGUUUCUUCCAACAUUUUAUUUAUUUAUUAUGUUACCAAGUACUUAAAUUAAAACAAGUUCCUAUAUUUUCAAUGAACAAAAGGCCUUAAGUACAUAUAAAUGCAAUAAUUUCUCCAAUUUCUAAUUUUACUUUGAACAAAACGAAAUGUUACUUAUCAAAAAAGUAAUGUAGAAAAAUGAAUGCGUUGAUUAAAACAAUCGCCGAGCUUUUAUAGAAUUUAUGAAAAAUUAUCCAAUUAAUCGAAAGUAUUAACUUACCCUCGAAUAUACGAGAAUAUUCGUAUAUGAGUGUUACGAGUUGCCUUGAUAAAAUUUACAAACAUUUUUAAGUAUUAGUGAUAUAAAAAUAGUCAGUUCUAGAAUAUACGAUUUAUUGAUUCGAUUAAUUAUCGACUUAAUAUUGUUUUAAUUCAUUUUAUUAAUUAUUGAUGUGUUUUUUUUUUUUCGUUUAAUACGGAAAUAAAUUGUAGGGUUUUGAAAUAUUUAUCCAGGUGUGAUAUAUUGAACAAUAUACUUAACAGCUACUUAGCUUUUGUGCCUUGUAUAAUUAAUGUUGUAUGCUCAAAGUAGUAUGUUAAUUUGAAGCAGUAUUACUGACAAUAUUGCAUUUGUACAUUCCUGAUUAAUGAGGGCAGCAAAAUUCCUUUCACAAGAUUAAUUUUAUUAUUAAUUUUCCCUUUGUGCAAAAGGGAUUAUAUAAACUGGCAUUUUUUUUAAUUGUUUAAUCCUCGUUUUAAUUUGCAUCGAAGAGCCGGUUAUUAUAGAAAACAAUAUACUUACAUUAUUUGUACUUUAUUAUAAAUGUAAAUAAAAAGUAUUGUUUAUCAUUUAAGACUUUUACAUUGUACCAAAAAUAUAAAUUUAAAUGUAGCUAGCUACUUACAAACCUAUAAAAUAUCACAUAAAAAGUUUUCGGUACCUUAAGGUACUAGAAUUGUUCAUAAAUGGGAAUCAUAUUUUUGGAAAUUACCGGGUUGUCCCUUUAUUAGCUUGCUUUUUGUUUUCCACGCGUUCUAAAACCAAAUAAAAUACGAUGAAGCUCUCUUGAUUUCCUUGAAAAUUUCAAUAUUUUUGAAACUUUGCUCACCCUGUAAUCCAAUUUAAUGCCUAAUCGUUUCUGAACCAUCCCUUCGAUUUCUUGUUUAAUAUUAUGCUGUGUAGUGUUCGUUACAUCAAUAAACUCGCAGUUUGAGUCGGCGAAAUGGCAAGAAAUUGCCCUUCUAAAACCCUAAUAGAAGCGAUUAGUAAUUAAAAAAAAUACUCCUAUCUUCUACGCACCUUUGUAUAAUUAGGCCCAGAUCCAUGUAAUAGCAGAGGAUGGAAAUAUAUCGUAUCGCCUUUCUCCAUUACAGCGUUAACUUUCGGAAGAUGUGCCAUUCCAUGAACACCAUGGUACAAAGAGUUUUUGGUACCCUUUAAAAAAUGUAACCAUUAUUUCCUUAUUAAAAUUUGCCAAAAAUCCAAGUAGAAAAUUAUUUAAAGGAUUUUAUAUAGAAUAUAAAAAUAGUUGUUGCUAUCCUAUUACCUUUGGAUAAGAAUGUGGAUACAAUACACCGCAUUUGUGCGAUCCAGGAACAACGAACAAACAGCCGUUUUGUUCAUUGACUGUUUCCAUGGCUGUCCAGGCAGCGACUAUCUUCUCUGCCGGUCGAAAUGGAAAGUAAUGCAAAUCCUGCAGGAUCGAAAAUUAAUUCCAAACGUACAUGGUGCAUAAAUAUUGACAUACUUGGUGCAUCGGAUGUCUGGAUACAUCAGGAUCGGAGUCUGGAGGUUUGUUAAUGAGCAUGGAAUGCAUCGCUGUUAUGUUAGGUCCUAUUAUGUUCUCCACUGUGUUCAAUACCUUUUUGUUGGAACAAUAGUCGCUAAAAACGGAGUCCUGAAUAAAAUCCUG